AUGUCUGGGAGAGAUUUGUUUGUAUUUGUAGCCCUAACUGUAAUAUCUUCAAUGAUGGCACCUAAAGCGCGUGGGAACUCUGAGGGUGACGCUCUGUAUGCGCUGCGCCGGAGUUUAUCCGACCCGGAUAACAUCCUCCAGAGCUGGGAUGCAAACCUCGUCAACCCGUGCACCUGGUUCCACAUCACCUGCAACCAAGACAACCACGUCACUCGCGUGGACCUUGGCAACUCAAAUUUGUCUGGCCAUCUGGUGCCUGAGCUUGGAAAACUUGAACAUCUCCAGUAUCUGGAGCUUUACAAAAAUAACAUUCAAGGGUCAAUUCCAGUUGAGCUUGGGAACUUGAAGAGCUUAAUAAGUUUGGAUCUGUACAACAACAAUAUCUCGGGAACAAUACCUCCAGCAUUAGGAAAAUUGAAAUAUCUUGUCUUCUUGCGUCUUAAUGAUAAUCAGCUAACAGGGCCAAUCCCAAGUGCACUUGCUAGUAUAUCUAGCUUGAAAGUUGUGGAUGUCUCGAAUAACAACUUGUGCGGUACAAUACCUACUACCGGUCCAUUUGAGCACAUCCCCCUAAACAACUUUGAGAACAAUCCUCGUCUGGAGGGUCCCGAGUUGCUGGGAUUGGCAAGUUACGAUACAAACUGCUCAUAA